ACCACCAUGGGAGCCAACCUGGGUGCUGCGGGACGAGGCCCCCGCACAGAGCUCGACGACGAGGACUACUACCCCCAAGGUGGCUGGGACACGGUCUUCCUGGUGGUCCUGCUCCUCCUGGGGCUGCCAGCCAACGGCCUGAUGGCCUGGCUGGCGGGCUCGCAGGCCCGGCACGGAGCGGGCACGCGGCUGGCACUGCUCCUGCUCAGCCUGGCGCUCUCUGACUUCCUUUUCCUGGCAGCGGCCGUCUUCCAGGUCCUAGAGAUCCAGCACGGGGGACACUGGCCGCUGGGGACGGCUGCCUGCCGCUUCUACUACUUCCUGUGGGGCGUGUCCUACUCCUCUGGGCUCUUCGUGCUGGUCGCCCUCAGCCUGGACCGCUGCCUGCUGGCACUGUGUCCCCGCUGGUACCAGGGGCGCCGCCCGGCCCGCCUGCCCCUCUGGGUGUGCGCGGGGGUCUGGGUGCUGGCCACCCUCUUCAGCGUGCCCUGGCUGGUCUUCCCCGAGGCCGCCGUCUGGUGGUACGACCUCGUCAUCUGCCUGGACUUCUGGGACAGUGAGGAGCUGCCCCUGAGGAUGCUGGAGAUCCUGGGGGGCUUCCUGCCCUUCCUGCUGCUGCUCGCCUGCCACGUGCUCACCCAGGCGGUCACCUGCCGGCCCUGCCGCCGCCAGCCCAGACCCCCCGCCCGCCAGGGCUUCGCCCGCGUGGCCAAGACCAUCCUGUCGGCCUACGUGGUGCUGCGGCUGCCCUACCAGUUGGCGCAGCUGCUCUACCUGGCCUUCCUGUGGGACAUCUACCCCGGCUACCUGCUCUGGGAGGCCCUGGUCUACUCCGACUACCUGAUCCUUCUCAACAGCUGCCUCAGCCCCUUCCUCUGCCUGCUGGCCAGCGCUGACCUCCGCGGCCUGCUGCACGCUGUCCUCUCGUCCUUCGCAGCAGCGCUCUGCGAGGAGCGGCCGGCAAGCUUCACCCCCGCUGAGCCACAAGGCCAGGCGGAUGCUGAGGGCCAGACACCACCGGAGCCCAUGGUGGAGGCUCGGCCACCGCUGGACCCCACAGCCCAGCCACAGGCGAACCCCACGGACCUUCCACAGGCGAAUCCCACAGUUCAGCCACAGGAGAACCCCACGGUCCAGCUGCAGGUGAACCCCAAGGCCCAGCCACCAGUGGAUUCUGUGACCCAGCCACAAAUGAAUCUGGAGACCCAGCCAGUUGUGGAUUCUAUGGCCCAGAGUCAGGCAAACCCCACAGCCCAACCUCCAGUGGCUUCUGUGGCCCAGGCACAAAUGAACCCCGAGGCCCAGCCACAGACCAAUUCUGAGACCCAAAACCCCGGCCCCACUGCCAGCUCAACCCCCAGCCCCAAUGAUGAGCCCUCCUCAGCCCCAACCACAGAUCCCACCCCCAGUACCCCUGAGGCCUUGGCCACUUCUGCUGUCUCUGAGGGAGAAAGCCCCGGUAAUGGCCCCUCUGAGGAGACCCCCAGCACAGGUCCCACGUGA